AUGGCGAGCGUCAAUUACGUGCUUUACGAAGCCCCUAUGGGCUAUGGUGUCUUCCAGGUCGAGCACCAGGCUGACAGCAUUGGUCUUCGCUCUAAGGAGACCCAGGAGGCCAUCAACGACCUGUCGCGCUUCGGCAAGAUGAUCAAGCUCCUCAACUUCACCCCCUUCCACACUGGUAAGGAAGCGCUCAGCGAGAUCAACAUGAUCUCUGAGGGUGUCAUGUCCGACAACCUCAAGUCGAUCCUCGAGCUCAACCUCCCCAAGACCAGCGGCAAGAAGAGCAAGGUCGUCCUGGCCGUCGCCGAGAAGAACCUCGCCAGCAGCAUCAAGUCUUCUUUCACUGGUGUCGAUUGCGAGACUGGCGAGACCUCUGAGGUCGCCGCCGACUUCCUCCGUGGUGUCCGCCUCCACGCCGAUAAGCUCCUGAAGGCCUGCAGACUGGUGAGACCGCACAGGCUGGUCUUGGUCUCGGCCACGCCUACUCCCGUAGCAAGGUUAAGUUCAACACCACCAAGAACGACAACCACAUCAUCCAGGCCAGCGCCACCAUCGACUUCCAGGAAUAGGGCGUCCACUCAGUUUUUUAUGCGUGUGCGCGAAAUGGUACGGUUGGAACUUUCUCCGAUGUUUUUCUUAGAUUUGCUGCACGACAUCGCCGCUCUCGUCGAGGAGGAUGGCGAGAAGGCCCAGGCCAUCAUUGAUGCUGCCAAGGUUUCCAUGGGUCUCCAGAUCACCGCCCAGGAUCUCGAGAUUGUCAAGGGCUUCGCCCAGGCCGUCGUUCAGCAGGCCGAGGCGAGGCGUUCCACCUCCAGCUACCUCGAGAAGAAGAUGGGUAUCGUCGCCCCUAACCUGCAGUGCCUCAUUGGCACUCCCGUCGCCGCCCGCCUCAUCUCUCACGCCGGCUCCCUCACCAGCUUGUCCAAGUACCCUGCCUCUACCCUCCAGAUUCUCGGUGCCGAGAAGGCCCUCUUCCGUGCCCUCAAGACCAAGAGCAACACCCCCAAGUACGGUCUCAUCUACCACAGCAGCUUCAUCGGCAAGGCCGGUGUCCGCAACAAGGGCCGCAUCUCCAGGUAUCUCGCCAACAAGUGCUCCAUUGCGAGCCGUAUCGACAACUUCUCCGAGGAGCCUUCAGUCAAGUUCGGCCAGGUCCUGCGCCAGCAGGUCGAGGACCGUCUGGAGUUCUACGCCUCCGGCAAGAAGCCUGCCAAGAACGCCGAUGUCAUGGCCUCUGUCCUGGACAUUGUUGAGGGCGACGACAUGCAGCUCGAUGAGUCUAUGAUGGCCGCUCCCGUGGCUGACGAGGUCGAGAAGGACAAGAAGAAGUCCAAGAAGGAGAAGAAGGACAAGUCUGACAAGAAGGAGAAGAAGCGCAAGCGCGAGUCCGAGGUCGGUGCCGCUGAGCCCGCGCCUGUCGAGGACGGCGAGAAGAAGAAGAAGAAGAAGAAAUCCAAGCACGAUGAUUAG